AUGCCUUAUUGUGACAUGAUACUGCUGAUAAAGACAACCAACAUGUUGAUCUACAGCAACACACACGACCCUUUGGAUAACAACCAGGCUUGCGCAACACAGCACACCAUGACAAAGGUCUACAUACAGCAUGAGACUCUGCCUGUCUCGUACAAGUCGAAGCCAGCAUUGAAACGGUGGAGCGACACCCUCAUUGGCAUGUUCUACUACACGACUCCCUCGUUUGUGAUGACACGUUUCGAAAACUGCGUGUGCAGUGUAAUUGGCCUUGUGUUGGUCAUGUUGUUUGUGUAUGGAUGCAAGAACUACGUGUUGCCGUUGUUCUACCUCUUGAAGCAGCUUUUCUGA